GCGCGGGGUGCCAGAAAGGCGCCUCUACGCAGGCUCAGUGGCACCCUGGCCCUCGCCGCGCUCCCUCACGCCACCCCGCGCCACGCCUCCGCCUCACAGCCACGCCAGCUGCCUGCGCCCCGACACACUCGUCGCGCUGCGCCCCGACACACUCCACGUGCUGCUGCUGCCCCCCGGAGCCCUUCGCCUCGUGUAGCACCGCCGCGCCUCUGUUGCUUCGUGGCGCCCUCCCUGCCGAGGAUGGCGCUGGUGUGACUGUGGCCGUGGCGGAGUGUGUGCGUGGCCGCUGCUGUGAGCGUGAGCGUCAGUGUUGAGGUGUGCCGUGCCGUGCUGUCCCGUGCUGUGCCGCGUCGCCCGACGGCAGUAUGCAGCUGAAGGUGCAGGUGGGCGUGCUGGUGGUGGUGGGCGUGGUGCUGGUGGCGGGCAGCCUGGUGUUCCACCACUUCUUCCACCGGGUGUUCGGCACCAUGCUGGAGCAGCGCCUCAUGCUGGUGCCGGGCUCCAAGACCCUGGACAACUUCAAGGCGCCGCCCGUGCCCAUCUUCAUGCAGUUCUGGCUGUUCAACGUGACCAACUCCGAGGCCGUGAUGGGCGGCGCCACACCCGAGCUGCAGCAAGUGGGGCCCUACACGUACGAGGAGAAGCAGCUCAAGUACAACCUGACCUUCGACGACGAGGAGGGCACGGUGACCUACCUGCAGAACAAGACCUUCUUCUUCCGCCCAGAACUGUCCCCCGGCGUGACGCUGGCAGACCGCGUCACCACCAUCAACGCCGUCAUGAUAGGCCUGGGCAACCUGCUGGCCUCGCGUCCUGCACACUUCGCCGCUAUCGCGCAGGUCUGGUUCGACAGGUUUGGCGUGACGCCCUUCGUCACUAAGACGGUGCGCGAGCUGCUGUUUGACGGGUACGAGGAACCGCUGCUGCUGCAGCUGGCGGACCUGACGGGCAAGCCGGAGCACGCCACGGGCAGGUUUGGCUUCUACAGGAAGAACAACACCAACGACGGCACGUACACGGUGUACACGGGCGUGCGGGGCAUGGACCACUACCAGCACAUCGCGCGCUGGCGCGGCAAGCCCGUCAUUAACUUCUGGAAACCUGACGUGGCUGGCGGCGACACGUGCAACAUGAUCAACGGCACGGCAGGGUCGCAGUUCCCGCGCCCUGUGACGCGCCACACGCUGCUGCGCCUGUACGUGUCCGAGCUGUGCCGCUCCAUCUUCGCCGAGUACCAGCGCGACGUGCGGCACGGCGCCCUCACGCUGUACCGCUUCGUGCUGCCGCCGCGCCUGCUGGCCAACACGCCCGAAAACCAGUGCUACUGCACAGACCCCUUCACCUGCCGCGCCUCCAUGAUCAACGUGGCGCCGUGCAGGAACGGUGCGCCCGUGGUCAUGUCCACGCCGCACUUCUACCAGGGCAGCGCAGAGGACGUGGCGGAGCUGCGGGGCCUGGCGCCGCGCGCAGUGGAGCACGAGACCUUCCUGGACGUGGAGCCCAACACGGGCGUCACCUUCCGCGCCGCCAAGCGCAUCCAGGUGAACAUACCGCUGCGCCAGUACGCCAGCCUGCCCGCCUUCCGCGCCGUGCCCGACGUGGUGCUGCCCGUGCUGUGGGUGAACGAGAGCGCCGUGGUGCCUCUGGAGCGCACCCACGCCCUGCACCGCACCCUCACGCUGCCCUUCACGCUGGUCACGGUGGGCGUGGGCGUGCUGGUCACCCUGGGCGUAGUGCUGCUGCUGGUGGCUCUCAUCAAGGUGUGCCUGGCGUUGAGGGCGGAGCGCGGCGGGAAGAACAGACGCCCACAGAGAGACAAGGACAAGACUGUCACUGAGAAACUCAACAGCAGGAACUACAGCUGAGCGGCGCCACGCACGGCAAGCACACCGCCUGCUGCCUCACUGUCGCCCUGCCCCACUGCCUGCCGCCCUGCCUGCGUGCGUGCCUGCAGUGCCAAUAGACAGUGCCAUAGACAUUGCUCAGUGUCAUACUGUGUGUGUGUGUGUGUGUGUGUGUGUGUGUGUGUGUGUGUGUGUGUGUGUGUGUGUGUGUGUGUGUGUGUGUGCGCGCGCGCGCGCCUUGAAACCCAUCCCUCACAAGGUGAACAUGGGUAUCAGUGACCAAACGAACAUACAAACAAACAAACAUGAAAGCGCACAAAUAGUCAGUGCCAGAAUGAGAGAGUGAGAGUGAGAGUGAGAGGGAGUGAGUGAGUGAGAGUGAGACCAUUACUUGUGUAUGACCCGGAAAAAAAUUGGUGUGUAUUUCCGUCAAUUAUAUUAUAGUUAUUUCUGUA